UUUAUCACAUCUGUGUCUUGCCGUGUGGUUAUAAAUUUUGUUUAUCCCGUUUCUAAUACAGUGGACGACUUUCCUUCCAUUUUGCGUUCCACGCAACCUUGUGAAACCCGUGUGACAGAUUGAGGUAUCUUGACGUUAGUUUGCCAGUCGUUUUAUGUUAAGUUAAAGUGUGUUACUAAAGCUCGAAGCUGGGCGCAUCGUAAAUGAAAGUGUUGAAAAAGCCUACCGUGUUGUGUCAUCUGUGAUAAGGAGAACCUCCUUGUGAAACGGAAAGUGGUUACAUAUUUCAUAUUUGGAUCCCAUAAUAUAGCAAGGACAAUGCUGGCAUCAAACGUCAAGAACAUUUACCUUCUUCAAAAAUUCUUUCCGCGGACUUCAGUCCAAAUUCAGACUGCUUCGAGCGCAUCUGCUCAGAAGCAGUUUCCCCAUCCCUCACAGUCAGCCGUAGUGUACAAAACGCCAGCUGAACAGGCUGCCAAAGCAGCGCAGGAUAUACAAGAAUGUGCGCCUGGCACUACUCCUGGACCCGAUGUGGUUCCCAUUAAAAAACGACCCUACUCUCCAUUUAAACCAACCAGCAAUGCGGAGUAUGCUCUUGCCAGAGUGGACGACCUUCUCAAUUUUGCGCGCAAGGGCUCUUUGUGGCCGAUGACGUUCGGCUUAGCAUGCUGCGCUGUGGAAAUGAUGCACAUGGCUGCUCCUCGUUACGACAUGGAUCGUUUCGGUGUGGUCUUCCGAGCCAGUCCCCGUCAGGCGGACUGCAUCAUCGUGGCCGGCACCCUCACCAACAAGAUGGCCCCCGCCUUCCGUAAAGUCUACGACCAGAUGCUGGAGCCAAAAUGGGUGAUUUCGAUGGGAUCCUGUGCCAACGGAGGUGGAUAUUAUCAUUAUUCGUAUUCGGUGGUGCGAGGAUGCGAUCGCAUCGUUCCCGUUGAUAUUUAUGUCCCAGGAUGUCCUCCUUCCGCAGAAGCUCUACUUUACGGUGUCUUGCAACUACAAAAAAAGAUUAAACGCAUUGCAAAGGCUCAGAUAUGGUACCGCGAAUAGAUUUAGGCUCAUUUCGUCGGAUGGUAGACACCGACUAGCUUUUGACUGGUGAUUCAGCUUUGACAUCUGUACAAGUUGUUUACAUGUCUGUUGCAUCUGCUUGAUCACAGUUUACCUGCAGAUGUGUAUGCUGUCGGAAAUUCGGAAUGGUUUAUUUGUCACUUUUCAUGUGUGUUGAGUGUUCGUGUCCAGAUUCCAGAACAUAUGUUGACUUUCUGUACCAUAUUCUCUGAAAUAACCCAUUAUUAUAAAGAAGACUUUGUGAUCAAAAAUUUUAAAUAUGAAC